GCGGCGGCCUCCGCAGAGCCUGUCCGCCGCCGGCACCAUGGACGCGCCGCGCGCCACGGCCGCCAGGCCCCCCACCGGGAGGAAGAUGAAGGCCCGUGCCCCACCGCCUCCUGGAAAGUCUGCUGCCCAGAGUGGACAGAAGACUCCCCACGAGGCUGGUGGCUCACAGCAGAGCCUGGUUCAUACGAAGGAGGCCUUACGGAACAGCUCCCUGGACAUCACUGUGGUUCUGCCCAGUGGGCUGGAGAAGCAGAGUGCGGUCAGUGGAAGCCAUGCAAUGAUGGACCUCCUCGUUGAGCUGUGCCUUCAGAACCACCUGAACCCUUCCCACCAUGUCCUGGAGAUCUGGUCUUCAGAAACCCAACAGCCUUUGAGUUUUAAGCCAAAUACUUUGGUUGGUUCCUUGAAUGUGCACACUGUGUUUCUGAAGGAAAAAGUUACUGAAGACAAGGUUAAACCUGGCUUACCCAAGGUGCCUGAGAAAUCUGUGCGCUUGGUAGUGAACUACCUGAGGACACAGAAAGCUGUUGUGCGUGUGAGCCCCGCUGUGCCGCUGCAGAGCCUUCUGCCAGUCAUCUGUGCAAAGUGUGAGGUCAGCCCAGAGCACGUGGUCCUGCUCAGGGACAGCCUCGCAGGGGAGGAGCUGGAGCUGUCCAAGUCCCUGAACGAGCUGGGGAUAAAGGAGCUGUAUGCGUGGGACAACAGAAGAGAGACAUUUAGGAAGUCAUCUCUUAACAAUGAUGAGACGGAUAAAGAAAAGAAAAAAUUUCUGGGAUUUUUCAAAGUUAAUAAAAGAAGCAACAGUAAGGCGGAGCAUGUCGGGCUGUCGGGUGCAGACAGUGACGAGGAUGCCUUGAAGUCAGUGUCUGGAAGGGGCAUGAACGGCUGCUUAACAACACCCAACUCCCCGUCCAUGCAUUCAGGGUCACUGACACUGGGUCCCUCCCUCUCACUGGGCAACAUCUCAGGGGUAACUGUGAAGUCAGACAUGAAGAAGCGCCGAGCACCUCCUCCUCCCAGCCCAGGGCUGCUGCGUCAAGACAAGGCAUCGGAAAAGACCUCACUCAGCUCACAAGGUGAUCUGCAAAAGAAGAAGCGGCAAGCACCAGCUCCCCCUCUGCCACAAGCACCGCCACCAAGCCCUGUGGUCCCCACCCGCCUGGAGGGCAAGGAGGAGAACAGGAAGAGCACAGCGGGUGUUGGACGACAGGUGCCACAAAAGCCUCCCAGGGGUGCAAUUCGGGGCGUACCCCAGUUAGUGCUCCCCCCGCCCCCACCCUACCCUCCUCCUGACACAGAGGUGGCAGAGCCUGUCCGCUCUCCUGAGGAAGGCGCUGGUUCCAAGACCUCAGAGCUGAGACCCAAACUGAGCCUGCCCCUGGGUCCUGGCGGCCAUUGCAGCGUGGACGGCAUCCCACUGUCACUGCCAGAGACAGAAGCAACAUCAACUGUAGGCAGCUGCUUUGCAUCAGAAGACACAACUGAAGACUCAGGGGUGAUAAGCUCCCCAUCAGAUAACAUCUCUCUGGACUCGCAGCAUGACAGUGUGAAAUCCAAGGAUAAGUGGUCCACUGACCAAGAGGACUGCAGUGACCAGGACCUUGCUGCCACCCCAGACCUGGGUCCUCAAAAGAGCCCAUUAUGGGGAAGAAAUGGGUCUCAAAGCUCACAUCUCAAACCUGAGAAAGCUGCCGUGGUCCCAUGUAAUGAUGAAGAGCUACUCACAUCUGGACAGGUCCAACAAACCCUGGCAGAGCUUGAUGAAGAUCUGGAAGAAAUGGAAGAUAGUUAUGAGACAGAUACAAGCUCCGUAUCCAACUCCAUAAAUGGUGUGUCUAACCACUACCUGCGAGAGGCCAUAAUCCAUGCUGGUGACACGGAUGUCAUCCCUGUCACAUUCAUCGGGGAAGUUUCUGAUGACCCUGUGGAUUCAGGGCUGUGUUCAAAUAGAAACAAUAACGCUGGGUCUUUUGACACGAGAAGUGUUGUGAGUGAAAGAGCCAGCCUAUCUCCACAGCAGACUGAGCACAGCCAGCCAUAUGCUAGGACAAGAGAAAGGGGGCCUGGCCCUUCUCUGCCUUCCGGGAGCAGUAGAAAGGUAAUCCAGGGUGCCUUAGCCAACGUGUCUGAAGAUAGGAAUCCAGUUGAAAUGGGCCCCAAGCUGACUUCUUUUGCUUCAAGGCUUCACACAGAUGACCUCAAUGCACAGAAAAGCAAGAUGCUUGGUUUUGCUCACAGUGAGACGACGCAAGCCAUUCACAGAGUAAAUUCACAGCCAGUGAGUCCAAAGGACAGCGAAGGUAAAAAUCCUGCCUCAGGACCACCACCGUGGUCUCAGCCUGGCCAGGCCACAGCGGGAAGUUACGGGCUUAAGUAUGGCCUCACUACAUAUAAAAUUGUUCCUCCCAAGUCCGAAAUGAAGUGUUACGACAGGGGUGUGUCCCUUUCCAUGGGCGCAAUUAAAAUUGACGAGCUGGGGAAUCUUGUGUGUCCCCACACGAACAGCAAGACCAUAUCCCAGUCCCCAGCUGUUCCCGAAGGAGACACUCAACCCCUGGGGAAAGUCAAAGAGUUCUGGAGGUGCAACUCGAUGGAGAGGCCCGCGAGCCAGUCGGCCGACGUCUUGGGCCAAAGAACGUGCAGCAGCAGCAGCAGCAGCAGCAGCAGCAGCAGCAGCACAGCCGCGCCAGUGAAGCCACAGGAAGACGGCGGGCGGACGGUGGCCCUCACCCCGCGGCAGCCUUCCCCGCAGGAGCGCGAGGCACGCCUGGACCAGGGCGGAAUCCAGCCGCCCGCCGCCCGCCCUCGCCCCAACACCACGGAAGUCACGUUUCUCAGGCCUCAGAGAAGAACUUCCAGUCAGUACAUGGCUUCUGCUAUUGCCAAGAGGAUGGGACCCCUGAAAGGCCACUCUGAUGUGGCAAGGCCACAAGUCAAUGCUGGGAAGAGUCAUGAAAUCAAAGGACCAAAGCUGCCUGGGCCACCUCCCACCCUGAGAGACGAGGCAGCUCCCAACUUCUCAGAGGAGCAGCCACAUGAGCAGGUCACGAAACAGCCCAAUGUCUACCUUCCCAGCGACCCUAGGGCAGUGUCACCAGUGAGAGACCAUCUCAGAGGAGCAAUCGGCAACCCACGUGGGAAGUCAUCUGCUCAAGACUGUCCUGCAGCUGUCCACAGAAGUUCCUGUUUCCCCCCAGUCAUUUCUUCCCAGAAGGAUCAUGUUUCUGUGGGACAGAGCUGCGGUUUCAAUAAAAAGCAAAGUGCGAGUAACCCAAAGGCCAGCUCAGCUUCUGACCCCAUGCACACCCUGCGUGGGGAGAGUCCUCCCUCUCCACAUGUGGCCGAAGCCCUCAGUUCCAGGAAGGCACUGGUGAAUGGCUCUGCGUGGGCCCCAGGCAACAGUAGGCCUCCUCACUCUCCCAAAGAGGCCUGCCCUGCCAGCCAUAUCAUCUUAGAAACAGAGGAGAAGCUCUGUCCCUUACCUACAGAUAUCCAAGUCACAGACGGUACUUUGCCACACAGCAUUUUUGGGCCAAAGAAAAAAUUCAAGCCUGUUGUUCAGAAGCCAGCUCCGAAAGACACAUGUCUGCAUAGUGCUCUGAUGGAGGCCAUCCACACAUCUGGAGGGAAGGACCGGCUUCGAAAGACUACGGAACCCACUUUGGAUGGAAGACCAAAGAAACUGUCAUAUAUGGAGACAGAGAGUGAGCGAUCUGCCCUGCUGGCAGCCAUCCGGGGCCACAGCGGGACUCAGAGCCUCAGGAAGGUUUCAUCCCUUGCCUCUGAAGAGCUCCAGAGCUUCCGGGAUGCUGCACUCCCAGCCCCGGGAUUAGAAAACCCUCAGCAAGAACCCGUAGGCCUUCCACCUCCACCAGCUCUGCCACCAACAACCCGUCUGGCCUCCCAGGACCCCUCUGCAUCAAAGACAGCUUCUAGGCUCAACGAAGGCACCCUCAGCAGCCCAGUGGAUGCCAGGGAAGCGUUGAUGGAUGCCAUCCGCUCUGGCACAGGGGCUGCGAGACUGAGAAAGGUGCCCCUGCUCGUGUGAGUUGUGAACAGAGGACUGGUCGUUGCAGAAGCCUCCUCCACGGCACCCAGAGCCAUCAUGGGAGGAGCCCUCAUGCCAGGAAUUCCCUUCGUGUCUCUAGAACGGCUCUUCUACGGUGCAUUCUCAGUGUACCCUGGAAUGGGCAAAGGGAACGUACUAGUCUGCUGUGUGGCUCAUGUGCCAAGGACAUGUGCGCUGCCUCUGAAUGCUCACAGUUGCCAAUAAACUGCUCCCGGUGGUGAAUGAUGGGCCCAAAAGGGCUGGAACCCAGCACCAUGCACGCUUGAUUCGUAGAGAAGAGUCAUGCCUGACAUUGACUUUGGACCUUUGAGGCUGACCACAUAUACGUGGUUAAAGUCAUUUACUCGUUUAAAAUCUUUUUAACUGGGGGUGCAUAAACAGACAGAAGCAAUGAGAAUGCCGUGUGCUGCAUGAUGCUGUGUGUCGGGGGGAGAAGAGUUGGAAAGCAGUUUCACAGGUGGCCAUUGCUAGAUUUGUGCCCUCACUCAGGAGCCGCUCCCACCUCACAGAGGGCCUCAGACCAUGAUCAGACCAGCUAGGCUAUGAAAAGUCCACCCGUGCUGCCUGGAACACAUCCCCACUUGACUGUCGAUGGGGCGUUUCUGAGUCCUCAAAAGGUGGUGGUUGGCAGAGAUGAGAACCACACAGGUCAUGUCCUAUAUGUAUAGCUGGCCCCACGUCCACCAAUGGGCUAUGAAGUGUGGCAGGCCACCCCCCGAGGGAGCCUGUGUGCCGAGCCUGUGGCUUCGCGGGGAACCUCCUGAGCUCCUGAAAAGGGCCAAGGAGCAGUGAGUUGGUUGCCUCUCUGUCAGGGAAGGACAAGUAAAGUGCUGCAUAUCACGUGACUUGCGCUCCUGCCCUGUGGUUAGUCUUCUCGGAGCACAUGGUGCUCAGCCACCAUAUAUAUAUAUAUGCAUAUAUAUAUAUGGCAAGCUCAAGCACAGCAGUGGUUUUUCACUUACACGUAUUUCUAAAACCUUUUGUUAUAUAGAGAAAAACAGCAGUAGAACCCAAGUUCAUGAAAUAAAAUUUCUAUCUUAGUGAAUAAAAGAAAAUCAUGUUACUGCUUCACACCGUUCAGGUGUCAGCAUCAGGUAGAAUGGGGACUUGGUGUCGUGUGAUUAACGUUCCUAAGCUUUCUCAGUGAGGCAAGAGCUACCAGCCAAUUGCUCUUCGUCACAGCUGUCUGAUCUCUUAGUGCCACAAAUAAAUGCAAAUCAAAUCCUUUAA